GCCUAUUAUCUCGCGGCGAUGGCGGCGCUGCCUCUCCUCGCUGCUGGAGCCGCCGGCCUGGUGCUGUCUCCGCCGCUGAUGCACCCGUCGCCGCCGCGCGGCGUGAUCGCGGCGCGCGGCGGGCCGGCGCUGGCGCUCGCAGAGCCGGCGAGCUCGCAGAACCCGGGUCGGCCGCUCACUGUGGCGAUCGCGGGCGGCGGCGUGGGUGGGCUGACGACGGCGCUGGCGAUGCUCAAGGCGGGCUUCGAUGUGACCGUCUACGAGAAGACGGGCCAGUUCGCCCGCUUCGGCGGCCCCAUCCAGUUUGCCUCCAACGCGCUCUCGGCGCUCAAGGCGAUUGACGAGCGGCUGUUUGAGCGGGUGAUCGCCGACUUCACCUUCACGGGCACGCGGCGGUGUGGCAUCAAGGACGGGCUGCGCGCCGAUGGCAGCUUCCGGAUGACGCCCGUCGCCGACCCGCGCUUCCUCUUCGACCCCUCCACGCCGGCCGACUGGUACCUCGAGUUUCCGCUCAAGGCGUGCGCCGACUUCUUCGACCUGCCGUACACGGGGGUGAUCGACCGGCCGGACCUGCAGGACAUCCUGCUGGACGAGUGCCGCGCCAUCAAGCCGGACUUCAUCGUCAACGGGGCCCCCGUCGCCAGCUACACCCAGACGGAGGCCGGAGUGGUGGCGACACUCUCCGACGGAAGCGUCGCCGAGGCGGACGUCCUCGUCGGCUCGGACGGGAUCUGGUCCACCGUGCGCGCGCAGAUGUACGGAGAGGGCGAGGUGCGGCAGACGGCGGCAGACGGGCUGACGAGGCAAGGGUGCCCCUACUCGGGGUACACGGUCUUCGCGGGCGAGUUCGUGCCGGAGCGCGGCACCGCCGACUUUGCAGACUACUUCGAGUGCGGGUACAAGGUGUACAUCGGUCCGCGAAAGUACUUUGUGACUUCGGACGUCGGGGACGGGCGCGUGCAGUGGUACUCGUUCCUGUGCAAGCCUCCGGGCACCAAGCGGGCGGGAGACUCGUGGGAGGGGGGCGCCUCGACGGGCGCGCAGGGCAGCAGGGUGAUCGCCGACCUCAAGCAGGAGCCCGCAGGCUGGCCCGACGAGGUGAUCCGCGUCCUCGAGUCGACCCCCCCGGAGGCGGUCGAGCAGCGAGACUUGUACGACCGGCCGCCAGAGCUCUUCCGCUCGUGGGCCGACGGCGGAGUGGUGCUCGUGGGCGACGCGGUGCACCCGAUGAUGCCAAACCUCGGCCAGGGCGGCUGCCAGGCGAUCGAGGACGCGCUCGAGCUGACGCGCGCUCUCUCCGAGGCGUGCGGCCCGGGCGGCGCCGCGCCGGCGGAGCCGCAGGCGGUGCGGGAGGCGCUGCAGACUUUCGUCGGCCGGCGCAAGCCGCGCGCCGCCGCCGUCUCGCUGCUCUCACGCCUCGCGUCGGACCUGAUCAUCAACUUUUUCGACACGCCCUGGUCGCCGCACGACGAGCGCGGCAAGGGCGUGCUGUCGUACCUCACGUUUGCGUGGAAGCCGUUGUUGCAGUACCUCAUCUUCCCGCUCCAGUUCCUCUUCCUCUACUCGUACCACCCCUCUGGCGGGAUGGGAGAGCUGCCCAAGCGGCUCGAGGCGGAGUGGCGCGAGCGGCACCGCAAAGGCGCCGAGGAGGCCUUCGCCAAGGCGGCAAAGGGGGAGUCGCGCGCCGCCGCGCCCUCCUUCUUCGCAAAGGCGGAGGCGGACGCUCCGUCGGACAACGCGCCGCAGCCGGCGGCGUGACGCGGGGUUUGCUCAUGAAGGGGCGAGAUAGGGAAAAGAAAAAAUAAGCGG